UUCCGACUUCCUCCAGAUCAACAGGUGGAGUUGAGAAAAGAAGUCCAGUUGCCACCUCGCCAUCCUCAACCGUCUGUUGCUUUUCUGACGAGCGUCCCGACGCCCGAUAGUUUCGUCGACGCUUUUCUGGGACCGGAAGCAGCAGGUUGUCCGACCAACAGAAAUACAACUUCAGCUGCAAAGGACCCACAGGCAUCCGACAUGUUGUGGUCCACUCUGAAAUGGGUAGUUUUGGGUGUGAUCGUGGCCGUGCUAGGCGGAGACGUAGGCAACGCUGCCCCGUCCCCCCGCAGCGAGGACAUGUUCAGGGAGCUGAUGAAGCUGGAUCAGCUGUAUUCGUCAGUCGCCAGGCCUAGUGUGCGGAGUGUGCCGAUGUCGUCCGAUGUCGGUCCGAAGGUUCAGAGGGCGUUGAACAUGCUCAGGCUACAAGAACUGGACAGGCUGUACGCGGACAGGGCGCGUCCUAGAUUCGGAAAGCGCGGCGAUGGGGUCGGCCGCAACAACAUGAUACCCGUUGAGUACGAUAACCAGUACCGGGGGGAUCAAGAAGUCGACGACUGGCUCCCAGCAAGAAGAUGAGUCACCACUUCUAGCAGACUAAUUUUUCCGUAUUCACCUGCCGCAUCCGUAUACCCGUAGACAAUCAGUUGUUCUGUUCCGGUGUUGUCGCUUCCUCCCUUCCCACCCCACUUUUAAAUUUUAGGUUCUAGCCGCAGAAGCCAUUUCGAAAAUGUUAUCGCUGCUGAUAUUUAUUGUAUAGCCACUUGGCAGUGUAAUACUAAUAAAUGCAUAU